AUGACGAAUUGGGUUCGAGUGAAKGAUUUGGGUAAAGGUUCUUACGGCAAAGUGUUUUUAGCGAAACCAACGACGAGAUCUCUCAAAUAUUUUGCUGUUAAAGUAGCUGAGCUUCAACAUUAUUCUUCGCUCUUGAAUGAAAAACGUAUACUCAAACACUUUGUCGGAUUUCCAGAAAUUGUUCAGUGUUUUGGGGGUGAGAUGAUAACGGAGGGGGAUUCCUUUGAUUCUGCCUUUUACAGUUUGGUAUUGGAGUACGCUGCUGGAGGUACCUUAGCUGACUUGAUUAGAAAACAGAAGAAGUUGUCGGAGAAUACAGUGAAGGAAUAUCUCAAAAUGAUAUUGAGAGGGCUAUCUUGCAUUCACAAACUAGGGUUUGUCCAUGUCGACCUCAAGCCUGCUAACAUUCUUGCAUUCCCUCAAAUUGAUGGUAAAAUGAAAUUGAAGAUAGCGGAUUUUGGACUUUCAAGGCGAUGUAACAAAAAGAGAGAGUGCAAUUUCAAAUUGAAGUUUAGAGGAACACCGAUGUACAUGUCACCAGAAUCCAUUUAUGGUGAGGUCAACACUCCGCUUGAUAUUUGGUCUUUGGGUUGCAUUUUGGUUGAAAUGGUUACUGGAAAGCACGCAUGGGACGAUUGCAUAGAUCUCGAGCAGUUGAUGUUGAAGCUUAGGGUAAAUAUGGAAACACCAAAAAUACCCGAAGAACUAUCAAAAGAAGGAAAAGACUUUCUUGAAAAAUGCUUUGAUCGGAAUCCUAAACGACGAUGGACAGCGGAUAUGUUACUCCAACAUCCUUAUCUCGAACAAGAAAAGGAAGCUAUAAAGAAAGAUGAUGAUCCAACGUACUCUUAUCUGCCUCAUAUACUGUACAAAUUUCAAUCAACUAUUCAAAUUUGA